UAGCCCAUUUAUUCUCUAUUAAAAAAUCAACAACAAACGAACAAAUAUAAUAUAAGAUCAUUUUUAUUGAUGUCCAAAACUGACCGAAAUAAAUUUUGGUAAGAAAAUCGUAAUUUUAUUUGGACACCCUAUUAAUUUUUUGUGUGUAUGGAAUUAGACAUCUUGGCUUAUGAAUCAAAUAAAUCAGCUUCAAAAACAGAAUAAAUAUUGCCGGGCUUAUUAGUAUAGACUUAGCCAACCAAGAAAUAUAGUCUUAACCCUAGGAAGAGGUAAAGUCAUCCGGGUAAAAUAGUAAAAAACAACAACCUGACUAACAAAUUUGAAAUUCCUUUUUUUUUACAUAUAAAGACAGCUAAAUGGAAUGGAAUUGAGUCAGAAUCAUUGGAAAAUGGACAAGCACAUUAUACAGCGCGCUAGUUUUAUAAUACAUAUUAAAAUAAUUAUUUAAUGACCACAAAAAACAGCGAAUGUCCGAAUUCAUGUAAUGUCCGAAAUAAAUAAACUACUAUAUAAUCUAUUCUAGAUCUAAGAUUUUCUAAGUCUGCAGUUCUAUUCUAAGUGUUUAGUUACGUAGACGACGUAGUAGUAGAAGUAGAACAAACUGUAGUACAAUCUACAGGUGUAUAAAAAUUUAUAGAAAUUGUUGAUCUAUAGAAAACUAAUAGAUCUAGAAUCUAGACUCUGAAAUGAUUCGAUGUGCCCAUGCUGGAGUUGUAUAUUUUCGUGUAGUGUAUGAACUUAAUAAACUUUCAAACUACAAAUCUGUGCAGAGAUUGACACAUUUUUAUACAACUAUUCCUUUUUUACAAACUCUGUUUAAAAACAAAAAACAUUUGCUGAAUUACCACAUACGCCACUUUGGCCUUGGAACUAAUGUGAAAAAUGCAUAUGACACAAUUUAUGCACUUUCAUCUGGCUCAGGUAAAUGUGCUGUUGCUGUCAUCCGUAUUUCAGGGGCUCAAACAAGAUUAGCUAUGGAAAAAAUGUGUGGUGGUCUAACUAAGCCUAGAAUUGCAAAUCUUAGAAAGCUUCAAGAUCCUAACACCAAAGAAGAUAUAGAUAAAGCUUUGGUAAUAUGGUUUCCAGGACCCCAUAGUUUCACUGGUGAGGACAUUGCAGAGUUUCAUGUUCAUGGUGGACCUGCAGUAAUCUCUUCUGUGCUUUCAGCUUUGGGCACUCUAUCUGGCUUUAGACCUGCUAAACCAGGAGAAUUUACAAAACAGGCAUUUUUGAAUGGUAAACUAGAUCUGACUGAAAUUGAGGGACUUGGAGAUUUGAUUCAUGCAGAAACAGAAGCACAGAGGAAACAAGCACUUAGACAAAUGGAUGGUGUACUCAAUAUUUUGUACUCUAGUUGGAGAAAUAGACUAACAAAGUGUCUUGCUAAUACAACAGCAUUUAUUGAUUUCAGUGAAGAGGAAAAUAUUGAAGACAACAUAUUAGAACAUGUUUUUUCUGAGGUGUGCAAUAUAAAAGAUGAAGUAAGUGCUCAUUUAAAUGACAGUAGACGAGGUGAAAGACUACGAGAUGGUCUACAUGUGGUAAUCUUGGGAGAACCUAAUGUAGGGAAAAGUAGUUUGCUGAAUGCUAUCAGUCAGAGACCAGCAGCCAUUGUGUCACCAAUAGCAGGCACCACAAGGGAUGUUGUAGAGACAGCCCUCAAUAUAGCGGGUUACCCAGUACUGCUAAGUGACACAGCUGGUUUAAGAGCAACAGUUGAUGUGGUGGAGAAAGAAGGCAUUCACAGAGCUGUGAAUAGGGCAAAGAUUGCUGACCUAAAAAUCAUUGUAUUACAUCCAGACAUAAUAAAGCAAACUCAUUUUAGUGACCUUACCUUUGCAGACUUUGUGACCUCCUACAUGAAUCAUUUGCUUCAGGAUUCUGGUACAAUGAAUUCUACACAAUAUUCCAGCCCAUCUAAUUCCCACAUUAAUGAACACUAUUUUUCUGCUGAACAUAAUAGUCCUUCAACAAAUCAGCAUAUAGAUAUGACUAACAUUCUGCUUGUGUUUAAUAAAAUUGACUUGGUCAAUGAAAAUAGGUCAGAAUUGUUUCAGCACUUCAAAGACAAUAUGUGUUUUCUUUCUUGCACGACUGGAGAAGGAUUUGACAGUUUUAUGAAAGUUUUGGUAAUGAAAAUCCAAAAUCUAUGUGGUGAUCCAUCUGUAGGCAGCCCUAGCUUGACUCAAGUUCGUCACCGCCAUCACCUCAAUAAAUGUGUACUUCACUUGACCCAGUUUAACACUUACUCACAAGAAGACAUUGUAUUAGCAUCUGAACAAUUACGAUUGGCAGCCAAUGAACUUGGUCAAGUUACAGGACAAAUAUCUACAGAAGAUGUUUUAAAUGUUAUAUUUAGAGACUUUUGUAUUGGAAAAUAAAUUAUAAAAUGAAAAUGUCUUUCUCUUGUUUCAUUUGGGUUAAAUUUUAUCUGUGAAAUGUGUAGAAUAAUAACUACAAAUAUCGAUUGAAUUUCGAAUAUAACCAUGUAAUGGAUCAACAGUGUGCAAUGCGCUACAUUAAUGUUUAAUAUAAGGAUUUUAAUGCUAUGCUCAAGUUGAAAGCACCUUUGAAACCAAAACAACCAACACUCUUCUUAAGAAAUAUUUAUUUUACAAAACUAAUAUUAAAUGUAACAAAUAGCAAUUACAUAGCAGUGUACAUCAAUGUGAAUAUUUCAAGUUAUUAAAAAAAAAAAGUAGAAAAAGAAAAAAAAAAUUACCAUAAGUAUUACUCCCUCUAAAUAUAAAAUUAAUACAUUCAACAUCAAGAGGAAUGUAGCCUCGCUGUAAUCAAAGACAACAAUGGUAAGGAAAUUUGCAUUCUAAGAGGUAAAACUGGUAAUAUAAAUAAAUGUAAUAUAAAAUAAAUUCUUAUAAAUGGUCACUUUUGAAAUUUUUUGUAUCAAAUUUAAACCAAUUUAGUAUUAAGCUGGAAUGAUUAAUCUUGUGAUUUCAAUAUCUAAAUAUCUUUGCAUUCAAACUGCAAGAAAAGAAUGCAAAUCAAUUACUAAUUUUAUCCCCCCCCCCUCCCCCAAGUACCACUGUUAUAAAAUGGUUGUGUUUGAGCACAUUAAUGUUCAUGUAAAUCAAUUGUUUAAAAAAACAACAACACUGCUUUAAACAAAAAACUUAAGGCAACAUUACCGUUACUGUAUUUGUUAUAGUCUACAUAUUGUAAGUGCCUCAGAGGUUUAAUACUUUCAAAUGUCAAAAAAAAAGAUAA